AUGCUAGAAGGUAAGUUCGAAGAAGCCAGCUUGUUCAAAAAAAUCAUCGACUCCUUUAAAGACUGUGUCCAGUUGGUCAACUUCAACUGUAACGAACACGGAAUCGCGGCCCAGGCCGUGGACGACUCGCGUGUGCUUCUGGUGUCGCUGUCCAUUGGCACAGAGUCGUUCCAGGAAUUCAGAUGCGACAGAGGCGUCACUCUGGGCGUGGACUUGUCGUCACUUUCCAAGAUCCUGCGGUGCGGGAACAACAACGACAACCUGACUUUGAUUGCCGAUGACACCCCAGACUCCGUUCUGCUGCUGUUUGAAGACACCAAGAAGGAUCGCAUCAGCGAGUACUCGCUGAAGCUUAUGGAUAUCGACGCUGAUUUCUUGGACAUCGAGGGCAUGCAGUACGACACAACCAUCACCAUGCCGUCGGCCGAAUUUGCCAAGGUCGUUCGCGAUCUGAACCAAUUGAGCGAUUCCCUCAACAUCUUGGUCACCAAGGACACCGUCAAAUUUGUCGCAGAAGGCGACAUCGGUUCCGGAUCCGUUAUUGUCAAGCCUCACACCGAUAUGGACAAGCCUCUCGAGAGCGUAAAAGUCGAGCUCGACAAGCCUGUGGACCUCACGUUCGGCUCUAAGUAUCUGCUGGACAUCAUCAAAGGUGCUGGUCUCGCCGAACAGAUCACCAUAAAGCUUUCGGCGGAGACGCCUGCUUUGUUUGAAUUUGGCCUGCAGAGCGGGUACUUGCAGUUCUUUCUAGCUCCGAAAUUCAACGAAGAAGAGUGA